GGAGCGGCGUGCGCGGCGUGGGGCGAGAUGGCGGCGGGGAAGAGGAAGCGUGAGGCGCUCCCGCCGGGAAAGGGGAAGCGCGCCAGGACCGGCCCCAGCGCGGCAGAGGCAGAGGCGGCCCCGGCCGGAGCCCCGCAGGAAUACAGCAUCCCGCCGCCCGUGUCCCAGGGUAAAUGGAAGAAUAAGGAGCGAGUGCUGAUAUUCUCCUCUCGUGGAAUUAAUUUCAGAACAAGGCACCUAAUGCAAGACUUAAGAACAUUGAUGCCUCACUCUAAAGCAGAUACUAAAAUGGACCGUAAAGACCAGUUAUUUGUAAUUAAUGAGGUGUGUGAAAUGAAAAACUGCAAUAAGUGCAUCUUUUUUGAAGCGAAAAAGAAACAGGAUCUCUAUAUGUGGCUUUCAAACACACCACAGGGACCGUCAGCUAAAUUCUUAGUGCAGAAUGUUCACACACUGGCUGAAUUGAAGAUGACAGGAAAUUGCCUAAGGGGCUCACGGCCCCUCUUAUCUUUUGAUCCAAUAUUUGACAAGGAGCCACACUAUGCCCUGCUAAAAGAAUUGUUUAUUCAGAUAUUUAGCACACCACAGUAUCACCCCAAAAGCCAACCUUUUGUCGAUCAUGUUUUCACCUUCACCAUUACAGAUGAGAGGAUCUGGUUUCGGAAUUACCAGAUAAUAGAAGAAGAUGCAUCUCUAGUAGAAAUUGGGCCUCGUUUUGUCCUGAACCUCAUAAAAAUCUUCCAAGGUAGCUUUGGAGGACCAACUCUGUAUGAAAAUCCUCAUUACCAGUCCCCAAAUAUGCAUCGACGGCUGAUAAGAUUGUCAGUGGCAGCUAAGUUUAGAGAGAAACAGCAUGUGAAAGAAGUGCAAAAGGAGAAGAAAAAAGCGAGUAAGGUCCUUGUUAAAGAAGAUCCUACCGAAGUGGUCUUUGAAACUCCAGCUGAAGAAAAGCCAGUGGAAAUACAGCUUGUGAAACCAGAGUCAAAGCCAAUUGUUAAAGAUAAAAAGAAACUACGCAAAAUUCAGAGGAAGAAACAAAAAAAGCUAUUUAGAACUGAAGCAUCAGCAUAAAUGUUGCAAGGGUGGAAACUAGCUAUAUUGACAUAAUAUUGUAAAUAAUUGUUUCUACAGGCAAAACUAUUUGGAGUUCAGUUUUAAGUAAACAAAAUAUCCAUUUCUUUAUUAGGAUUGCGUGUGUGUUCUU